CUCGGAUCACGAAUGACUUGCAGAAGAGUCAUUGGGCCCCUUCAAAUUAUAAAAGACAUGCGGAGAGCCAAUGCAAGGAGAGAUAUCAUCGUCUUCAGUUUGACACUUUUUUGCCGGCAUUGAUCAUGAGGCGAUUAUUCAAUCUCGCAUUUUGGCGGAAAUUGGUCGGCCGAAAUUCCGAACUGGCAACUGGCGGCAUUUUUGAUGCUUCCUUUCUUUUAUGCUAUUGCUCACCGUUUUUCUCGUCAUUGCGUCAUUCGCGUUCACUGACGCUCAUGUGUUCCAAAAGACAUCCAUCGUUAACCCCUUCGAUCAAUUGACUGUUACUUCAAUUCUCGAGAAUCAUCAUGUCAUCAGUGUGAGGAACGCGCACAAAAAACUCUUUCCAGGACCAACCCUAGCCUACGUUACGCCCUGGAAUAAUUGUGGCUACAAUAUCGCCAAAAUAUUUAAAGGAAAAUUUGACUAUCUGAGUCCAGUAUGGUUCUACAUCGAGCCAAAAACGCCGACCGGCUAUGUUAUUGAAGGCGAGCAUGACGUGGAUUCUUCGUGGAUACAGGAAGUACGCGGUGGUGACGAUUCAAUGAAUAUAUCGGCCAAAGUCGUUCCUCGUUUUCAGUGCCGAUCAUGGUCUACCCCUGACUGGUAUCAGUUGGCAUCUAACACGCAAAACGCCAAACAACUGGCUAACCAAAUUCUGAAAGUGGUAAUAAAGUACGACCUUGACGGUAUCGUUUUGGAAUGUGCCUAUCCGUCGAUAUUUCCUUUCUUUGUGCAACGGCUUUCUGAGACUCUUCGAACCCACCACAAGACGUUGGUUGCUGUCCUUCCACCUAUUCGUAACGAAGAACAAAAAAAGGUGUUGAACGCCCAGAGUUUUGCUUUCAUGGCCAAGUAUAUCGAUUAUUUUAGCCUGAUGACUUAUGAUUAUUCCACUAGUCGCAUCGAUGGAGGACCAGCAGCGCCCGUCGAUUGGAUCAUUGACAAUAUCGAGUAUUUGACGACGGACGAAAACCGGCAUCAGUUACUCAUGGGAAUGCCAAUGUAUGCUGUGUCGUAUGCCCCAUACCACUAUCCCGAACCAUUAGGGAUGGAAACCGUCCUACGAAAAUUACAAGAACAAAGACAACACAAUGCAGAAAACCAAAUGCCUGUUAUCUGGGAUCCGGUCAGUGAAGAACAUUGGUUCAAAUACAUGAUCAAUAACCAUCGGUCGUCCAUGCACAUUUGGAUGCCAUCUUUGACGUUCAUUCGACAACGACUGGCCAUUGCUAAGCGAUAUGGUAUUGGCGUUGCACUGUGGGAGAUAGGGCAAGGCCUCGAUUACUUUUACGACUUGUUUUGAUGUGAGCAAACAAUGGACGGUAUGAUGAAAAAUACAAAUAUGAGAUGAAACAGAAGACGACAAUCUUGUUAUAAAGAGUAACACGUAAAGGAUAAACUAAAAGCGGA